AAGAUAGUAAGUACCUUCCCACUUUCAAGUUGGCGCCAAUCUGAUGCCAGGCAGGAGCUUUAAAUCCUUGUUGGCGUGGUCUGGGCUGUCCGUUCCAUUUGAUCCAGCACAUACUCUCGUUUCGUCUCCCUUUUUCUCUCCUCGUGUUCUCGGUGUUAUUCGUCUGGUCAUUGCUCUCUAUACGCUUGCUACUGCUGUCACUGUGCUCGCCUACAACGCGGUACACUUCAAACCGAAUGCUGGAGGAUACUUCUCCUACUUUACCAAUCUGACAUAUAUUGGCAUCGUUUCCUACUUCUGGGCUGCAGCUGUUCAAACAAUAGCCUUUUCCCGGAACAAUAAUGAAAGCUACCCGCUGCAGAGGUGGCCUCGAGUGCUUCAAUUUUUGCACAUAUUGCUUUACUCCACUAUCACCACAUACCCUAUCAUUGUUACUGUCGUCUUCUGGUCCGUACUUCUUCCUCCGACAACAUUUAGCUCGACGUUUUCAGGCUGGUCUAAUGUAGCUCAACAUGCCAUGAACAGUGGUUUUGCACUCUUCGAAAUCCUGCUAACAUCUGCAGGUCCGAGUCCGUGGCUUCAUCUCAUUCCACUACUCUUCAUACUUGCCUGCUAUCUUGCCUUGGCCUACAUUACCUACGCUACUGAAGGGUUCUACACUUAUGCCUUUCUUGAUCCUUCAACGGAGCAUGGUCUUCUCGCGGCCUACAUCGUUGGUAUCGCUUUGGGUGAAUGUGUCAUAUUUGUGAUUGUACAAGGAGCCUGCAGAUUACGCAACCGACUAGGUGUACUCUGCCACGCAUCCACUAACCCCAGCGAACCAGAAGCGCUGGAUGAGCGAGAAAAAAUAGGUCAAAGCAAAGAGCUGUCCUCUUCGGACGUCUGAAUCUCUCUUUCUGUUGUGGACACUGGUCUUACCUCUCAAAUCGUAGAGAUCUUAUACAUCGAUGACUAUCGGUUUCUAUGUUCACGUAAAUGCCUGCUCGUCGUGUCAUUUUUCUUUGUUCUGAACAUAAAAGCAUAAAAGCGAGAUAUUAGGGUUCAAUGUAAGCUGACACAGUUUACGAACAUCGCUUUGUAUUGAGAACCAAUGAGAUUUCGUUCGGUUGGUU